AUGGACGUGUGUCUCAGCUCUGCGCAGCAGUCCCUGUGCCUGGGAGAGGCACCGAACUCCCCAGGUGGCUGGUUGGAGGAGGAGGAGGGGGCUCUCCAGGAAGAUGGCACCGGGGGACCCCCAGGAGAUGCUAACAACAUAGAAUCGUCUCUUCGUAGCCUCCAGAAAUUCGUUCCGACAGAUUAUGCCAGCUACACUCAGGAGCAUUACCAGUUUGCCGGCAAGAAGAUCAUCAUCCAAGAGUCGAUAGAGAGCUAUGGAGCCGUGGUGUGGCCAGCGGCUACAGCUUUGUGCCAGUAUUUGGAAGAACAUCAAGAGGAGUUGAAUCUCCAAGAUGCCAAAAUCCUGGAAAUUGGUGCUGGACCAGGCCUUGUUUCCAUCGUGGCCAGUAUUCUAGGAGCUCAAGUCACAGCAACGGAUUUACCUGAUGUCCUGGGAAACCUUCAGUACAAUCUCUUAAAAAAUACCCUGAAAUGCACAGCACAUCUGCCUGAAGUGAAGGAACUGGUGUGGGGGCAAGACCUGGAGCAGAACUUCCCCAGGGCAGCCCUGCAUUACGACUAUGUCUUGGCCUCUGACGUGGUGUACCACCAUUACUUCCUGGACAAGCUGCUCCUCACCAUGGUGCACCUUUCCCAGCAGGGGACCGUGGUACUUUGGGCAAACAAGUUCAGGUUCAGCACAGAUUAUGAAUUCUUAGAUAAAUUCAAGCAGGUUUUUGAUACGACUCUCUUAGCUGAAUAUCCAGAGUCAACAGUCAAACUUUUUAAGGGGACAUUAAAAUGGGACUAA